AUGGACUCACGGCGCACUAUAAAGCAGUCCACCCUAUUGCCUAUGCAGCUCCUGUCGAUUCUCUUCUUCCUUCUGCUCACCUUAUCGCAAUUUAGAGCCGACGAAUUACCGGGUACAUGCGCCGUCGCCGGGGAAUGCGACGCGAAUGGCGACAACGCAGCGGAAGCAGCAGCGACAACAGAAAAGGACGCGAACCGUUCAAACGUGGACGGCUUAUCUGGUGAAGACGUGGAGGCUCGCGCGGAUCCGUACGCGUUAUUGGCAGACGGACAUGCCAAGCUCAAGGCGAGGAACUAUGAGGAGGCGAUCGACUCGUACAAUAAGCUGGAUGCGGUUCUGUCGCGCCUCUACGGCUCCAUGCUGCACGGCAGGGGCGUUGCUCGCUCCAUGCUGAAGCAGCACCAGCAGGCGGCUCUGGACUUGAAGCAGGCAGUGGAGAAGCAGCCGCACAAGGCAAACUACUGGGUGGAGCUGGGGCAGGAGUACACCCUUCUGAACGACUACUCCAAUGCGCACAGUGCCUUUGUCAAGGCAGUGGAGCUCGACCCUCACAACGACAGGGCCCGGCAAUUCCGCGGCAUGAGUGCGUUUGAGAUAGAGCACUACGCAGCAGCACUGGAAGACCUCGUCCCUGCACUCACACGCGACCCGACCAACACCCAGCUGCUCACGCAGGUCGGGCUCUCGCUGCUGCGCCUCAACCGCUACCGCGAGUCACAGCCGUUCUGGGAGGCGGCCGUGCAGGCGGACCCUGGGGAGGCACGCCCGGGGGAGGAGCACCCAGGGGAGGAAAGCUCAGGGGAGGCACGCCCGGGGGAGGCACACCUGGGGGAGGCACACCCGGAGGAGGGCGAGGCGUGGGUGCAGAAGGGCAUCACACACCGCAUCCUGGGCGAGGGGGACAAGGCUGUGGACUCGCUGCUCAUGGCGCUCUCUGUGCAAGAGAACAUUGAUGCAUACCGCAACCUGGUAGCCACGAGGCGUUAUCAAGGGGAUCACUGGAGCGCCAUAGAGUGGUGCAACAAGGGGCUGGCGUUCCACCCAGAAGACAGCGAGGUGCUGGGCGCCAUCGAGUGGUGCAACAAGGGGCUGGCGUUCCGGCCAGAGGACGAGGAGCUGCUGUACGUGCGCGCCUCCAUGCACCACGCGCUGGGCGACCAUGCUACAGCCCUCUCCUUUUACGACCAUCUCCUCGCAACGGCCACAGAGAAGCACAUGACGUUCAACCAGGCAGUCUCCUACUACCAGGUACCCUCCACCCCUCUCCUUCCACCUGCUCAUUCGUUGUGCUCGCCCUGUCUGUGCGUUUUCCCUGCUCGCCCGUGUCCGCGCAUCCCUCCUGCUCCCCCGUGUCCGCGCAUCCCUCCUGCUCGCCGGCCUAGGGAGGUGCUGCUAUACACGGUGGCGCGGCUCGACCGCCCCUUCUCAGCCUUCCAGAUAGACAAUGACAUGGAUGUGGACUUCAAGUGGCCCAUGCUGCACCUGCCCUUCUCAGCCUUUCAGAUAGAAGACGACAUGGACGUGGGCUUCAAGUGGCCCAUGCUGCACCAGCCCUUCUCAGCCUUUCAGAUAGAUGAUGACAUGGAUGUGGACUUCAAGUUGCUGCCACAGCUGUCAGAGGCGGCGUUGGCUGUGAUCGCAGCGGCCGAUGAGAUUGGAUGGCGGGCCCACUACGAUACGGAUGGCGUGAUGCCAAACAAGCAGCAGCUGCGCAUGGCAGGGCUGGCAGCCCUAGAUGUGAUGCAGCAGGUACGGGCCACGUGGGAGGCCAUAGCAGACGGGGGGCGCCUGCCAAGCAUUGUGGAAGACGACGACGAGGAGGGGGAGGAGGGCGAGGGGGCUAAGGAGGGGAGAGCCGGAGAAGAAGAGGAGGGCGAGGGGGAGUGGGACAAGCUCACGUCGCCCCCUAGGAUGCCGCUGAAGCGUUUUUCAGGCAGUGGUGGGAGUGGAGGGAGCAGUGGGGCCGAGUCAGUGCAGCUGGUGGGCAGUUGGAGGCAGCUGUUCCAGGUCAUGGUGCCGUGGCGACAACUCUCCGACCCCACCGAGCCGCCUCUCUGGAAGGCCAUGUUCAAGAACCAGCGCUUUCAGGGGAGCUUUCAUUCGCACACUCCCAUUCACAUGUGGAAGCAGUUUAGCUCCAAAUACAAUGCUAUCUAUGACAGGGCAGUGGAAGUGACGCGGAGGGGGCUACUGGAGGGGCAGCAAGCAUUGGAUGAGGAUGGCAACGUUAUCCCUGUCCCCCGUGACGUGUAUGGACCCAAGAUAGAAGCAGCAAAGGGCCAUGAGGGGCUGUACCAUGCAAUUGGUCGGGACUUCUAUCUGCGCCUGCCCUUGCACAGCAUGGCCAAACCUGGGCCUCAUUGUCCCAUGCUCUCACCCUCCUUGCUACCCACGCUUCAUCCCCCGUUUCGCCCGGCUACCCUCCUCUACCCAAUCCAUCCGGUUGUUCCAACCCCCUCCCUUCAAUCGCGCCCGCCGUUCUGCCCAACCAUCCUGCUUGUCCCGCUCCUCAGGGCGCUGUCAAUCGACUUUCAGACGUACACCAAGAACUCUGCCACGCAGUGGGGGCAGCUGGAUGAUGAGCUCACUGCCGCCUGGGAGCUGGAUGACGAGCUCACCUCAGCUUGGGAGGUCAGUGUGACCGUUACUGUCACUGGUGGCGGUGCCUGUGCUGCUGGUACUGGUGCUGGUGCUUGUGCUGCUGGUAUGGUGUUUCAGACGUACACCAAGAACUCUGCCACGCAGUGGGGUCAGCUGGAUGAUGAGCUCACCGCGGCCUGGGAGAGCCUGUCAGCGGCGGUGCUAGAUCUGCCCACGAGGGCCACGGACAGCAGCCUGUACCAGCAGCGCAUUCGGGAGAACAUUCUGCGCAUCAGCUACUACUGGUUCCAGCUCAUGCCGCUGUCCCGCGGGUCCGCCAUGGUGGGGCUUGUUUCCAUCCUCGGCCUUUCCAUGGCUGCUGACAUGGAAACCACUGCGCGCAUCCCAAGGGAUGUCCUGGUUGACUGGGAAGGGCUGUUUGCAACUCGCUUUCAAGACUUCUACGAUGCGGUUGCUCCUUGGCUCUAUUCUUCUGUUAAGCGGUCGCCUUGGCACCUCCCUAUUGUGCGAGAGGCGCUGCCAACCACACGCCACGUACUGGCUGCUCUGAGCUACAAAUGA